GCGGCAUGGCAUGGCAAAGCAUGCAUCCAGCGUUGUAGCUGUUUUGGUUCGUUCGGAUUGUUUAGGAUCCAUGUGUUUUACUCGAAGCUUGCAGUUUCUUGAAGUCAGUAUUACAACGAGGUACUGAUCUGGUGCGAUCAUUCUAGUGAUGCCCUGGCUUGGCGAGCAAUGGAGAACGCCACAGUAAAAUGACAAUGACCACUUCCACACGCACUUCUUCCUUCAAAAAAUUGCGCACAACAACUGCGCCACCAGCAAUAGUCAGCAAAGACUCGUCUGAGGAAAAUUACUGGAGAAAGUUCCAGUACCCGGUUACUGUCAAGGAACAUGCCGCCAUUAGCUGUGUGGACUUCAGCCCCACAGAACCGCACGAUUUUGCGGUUACAAGUGCAACACGGGUUCAAGUGUAUAGCUCUGCUACCAAUCAGGUGAAAAGGAGCAUAACUCGCUUCAGGGAAACUGUGUACUCGGCAAAAUUUCGGCAUGAUGGCCAAUUGUUGGCUGGCGGUGGCGAGGAGGGCAUCGUCAAGGUCUUCAAUUUGACCAGUCGUGCUAUCCUCCGUCAAUGUGAAGGUCAUACAAAGGCAAUUCGUCAGACAUGUUUCACAACCUGCGGCCUCAAGAUUUUAUCAACAGCUGACGAUCGCACACUCCGCAGCUGGGACCUGACUACUGGCGAGGCACUGCAGGAGUUCACUGGUCAUGAGGACUAUGUACGCGCCCUUGCGGUCAGCCCGGGUAGCUCUGACGUGUGCGUUACAGGCUCAUACGAUCACACCGUGAGGCUAUGGGAUAUGCGUUCAUCUCCAAGCUCCGGCGCCUCGCUGACCAUGAACCAUGGUUUCCCCGUCGAAGCUGUCCUCAUGUUCCCGUCGGCCAGUAUAUGCGUAUCAGCAGGUCAUAAUCAGGUGUGUGUCUGGGACAUCCUGUCCGGCGGCCGACAGCUCUUCUCGUUCUCAAACCACCAGAAGACCAUCACCUCGCUGGCGUUUGACGGCGAAGCACGGCGCCUCAUGUCCGGCGGUGCUGAUCGCCAGCUGAAGGUGUACGACGUUACUGACUACUCAGUCAUCCAUGGCCUCAGCUAUCCCUCGCCUAUCUUCAGCAUUGGUUUAUCGCCCAAUGAAAGUCACCUUGUAGUCGGUAUGGCAGAUGGAACAUUGUCCAUCAAGCGAAAAGUGGUGAAGGGCGGGGAGGACACUGAAGAGAAGGAUGGCCCAACACUUCCAAAGCCACCACCUCAUGUCGGCACAAAGCGCUUUUUCAAUAGAUCCAAGACUCAGCCGGAAGAGGGCGAUGUGGUUGUCAAUCAGUCCCGGACAAUGUACCAGCUCAAACCGUACGAGGUGCAGCUGAAGAAGUUCCGUUACAUGGAUGCUCUUGAUGCAGCAAUGAAGACCGGCAAUUGCGAUGUGAUCGCUGGUAUGUUCCAAGAGCUCAUCCAUCGCGAUGGCCUGUCUAACUCGCUGGCAGGGAGGAAUCACAAGUCUCUCAUUCCCAUCAUGAAGUUUCUUGUCCAUUACAUUGGUCAUCCUCGCUACCAGUCUCUUCUCCUGGAUGUGGCCAAUGCCGUACUAGAUAUGUACGGUGGAGUCUGCGGUGAGUCACGGCGCAUCACCCAGCAGCUCAACGCUCUGCGGUCACGCGUGGAGGCUGAAAUCAACAUGCAGCGACGCAUGUUGAGCAUUCUCGGCAUGAUGGACACGCUCUUUGCCAUGGCGUCAACAAAACAACAGUAAUGAGCUAUCGUGUGUGGCUGUGUACAUAGUUUAGCUUUGCUUGCACAUAGUGCUGCUGUAACAUAUUCUACAUGAUGAUGUUUUGCUAGCAUGGGAUUCUGUGCCAACCUGCAAUAUGUAUACAGUUGA